AUGUCGCUUAGCGUAUCUGGACUACCGAAACCCGUUAAUGUACGCAAUGAUAUCCGUCAUAAUUGGGAGGUCAUGCAAAUUGUUUAUAAACUCUACAACGAACAGAAGUUCACGGACAUUUUAUUCGAGUUUCCUUACACGACUUAUAAGCUUACAGCACAUCGCCUAAUACUCGCCGCGGCAAGCCCAUAUUUUCUAGAACUCUUCGACAAUACCGAAGACGAUUGCAACUCGCUCACGGUAACGAAAAUGGAUAGUGAUACUUUUGAAGAAUUGGUGGUCUACUGCUACAACGGACAGACAGAUAUUACAGCUGGUAAUGCGGAGCGUAUGGCCAAAGGCGCUAUGCUGUUACGUUUAUACGAAGUGGUUGAUAUUUGUGUGAAUUAUAUGAUGAAUCAUAUAAGUGAUUUCUUAGUGCGCAAGCUGAUACCAUUGGCAGCGGAAUUGGACUAUGAAAAAUUUGAAACGCGCUUACUCGCUUAUAUUGUGAAGAAUUUUAAGGAGGUUAACAGAAAUGGCGAAAUAUUUGAUCUCAGUAUGACACAAUGGAAAUUCAUUAUAAAAGAACUAGACGUCAAUUCCCAAGUUUCCCAAGCGGAUAUAUUAUUGGCCAUCAAAGGCUGAUACGAGUACAAUGUCACUGAGCAUCAGCAAUACCUGCCCGAUUUGAUCGGUUCGCUUACACUUAGCGAAUUCGACAACGACUUCCUAAGACAGCAAAUCAAACCAUUACCCGGUUGUGAAGGUUUGGCAACAGAAGCACUUAAGAAACGUGGCGAACUGCCUUCAUGGCUCGCGGUACAGAAUUGGGGCGAAGAUUGGUUAGGUUAUAAGGACAUCUUACUUUAUAAUCAGGCUAAAAAGGAAUGGGUAAAAGCUACACGCUUGGAAAUUAGUAGAUAUUAUUUCAGCACAGCGUUUAUGGGGAAUAGUCUCUACUUCAUCGGCGGACGCAGCAGGGAUGGCGUAAGCAAAGCUGUGCUCAGCUACAAUUUGCUAACAAAAAAAAUUACAACGAUGCCGUCGUUGCAAGAUAAGCGUACUGCCGCAUGUGUUGCUGUGGUGAAUAAUUCUAUAUAUGUUUUUGGUGGUAAGGCGGAUAAUUCGUUGGCUAGUGUGGAAUGUUACAGUAUGUCAAUAGGGCGCUGGGAGCAUAAAUCUGGCAUGCCUACACCUCGCGCGGCAGCUGGUGUUGCCAUCUUGAAUGAUGAUGUAUACUUAAUAGGUGGUAAAGAUUUACGCACCUUAAACAAAGUAGACCUUUAUAAUGUUUCCACAAAUAGGUGGUAUAAUUGUAGUGCAAUGGCCGAAGCACGUGAAAGUCCAGCUGUGACUGUGCAUCAAGGCCUUAUUUACGCAAUGAGUGGAGGUUUCCGUGAUUUAAAAACCGUCGAACGUUACGAUCCAAAGCAAGACAAAUGGACUAAGAUAGCUUCGUUAAAUGUCGCACGUAGAUAUAUCUGCGCCGCCUCAAUAGGUGAUCAAUUGUGGGCAUUUGGUGGUGUGAUUGGUCCCGCACAGUGGGACGAUACUGUCGAGGUUUACGAUGUGGCCAACGAUAAGUGGUUAGUAAAAAAAAAAUUGCCGGUAACUGGAAAAUUUGAUUGUGUGACACUGCCUACAAACGUGGCCGAUAAUCUUAAUUGA